AUGGCUGAGAAGUGUGAAUCAGAGAAAGCUUCAAGCUCUUCACCGAACCUGAUAUGUCCAUUAUGUCUUGAUAUAUUUGUCGAGGCGACAAUCUUAACUUCAUGUGGACACACAUUUUGUAGGCGAUGCCUCAAGAAAUACGAUCUAACCCACCAGGACCUUGAUCACAUGGUCUGUCCUCUCUGCAGGGAGAUCACAAAGUUGUCUGCCAACCGUGUCGAUGAUCUCCGCCUCAAUGUCUCCAUCCACGGAUGCGUAGACGAUUACCACACCAAGUGUGGUGGGAUGAACGCUGUCCUCGAAAUGCGACAAAAAUGUUCUGGUUGCAAGCUUCAAGGAGAUGCUGUCUCAUUCUGCAGAACCUGUAAUAACUACAUAUGUGAUAAAUGUUUGCAUUGUCAUCAAUAUCUGUCAGUCUUUGAAGAUCAUGAGAUUGUCUCCAUGGAUGAUGUCAUCGAAGGAAAGGUCAGCAUUGGUCAUUUAUUCGAGAAGUGCUCCAUCCACAAACCAGAGAACAAGGAUAUGUUUUGUGAGGAUUGUAAGGUCCACGUCUGUCACAAGUGCGUACUUGUUGGUCAUAAAGCUCAUGAAAUCAAGAACCAGGUUGACUUUGAGCAGGAGUUGCGACAGAAGGUGACAGACCUUGCUCAGCGAUGUGCCGACAAGAAAGCAGAGCUGGAAAAGAACAUUCAAAACAUAGAAAUACAACGUCAUGAGGUACACACUGCAGUGCAGACACUACUAGGAGAUGUCAGGCAGGCUUACACCAUCAAGGCCAAGGGGCUUGAAGAAAAUCUUCGAAAUCUCACCGAGCAAAUACAUGCCUUAGAACGUAGUUUUGAUGACGACCUCAACGUCUUGAAGUCAAAAGAUCGACAGAGGAUCAAGAGUAUUUGUAGUUCAAUUACUUUGGUAGAUAAUGGCAGACUGGGUCAUCUUAAGACAGACACUCUAUCUGCUAAUAUCUUGCUCUGUGAGGAACUAGAUUCCAUGCUGAAGGAGGCUACCGAUCACACUUCUGCGUCAGCAAUUACGAAGAAAGCACAGGAGAAGAGAUUCAAACCAGCAGAUGAUACUCGCCUUGACCUCGGGAGCAUCUCAGGAUCAGAUCCCAAGAUGGAAGUUAUUCAUUGUGUUGAUCUACGGGGAGUGAUGUUCGGUAUGACAAGGCACUCCAAUAGCACUGUCGUUAUCGUGUAUGGGAGUAAUGCACGAGGUAUUGAUACCUUUGAUUCAAAUGGUGGAAAACAGCUGUAUAAAAACAUACCCAUAAGUGACAUGGAAUGUUAUGAUCUGGUUUUGCAACGGGACGGGGCGUUAUGCGUGUCCACUGGUACUACAGACGCCUACAUCUACUCUCCCCUUGGCUCCAGGAAAGCAACAAUCCACGUGAGAGACAAUGGAAAUUUUCUCAGAGUUAACAGAAGUCCAUCAGAUGAAAUAAUCAUUACUAACUAUGGAAAACAAGUCUAUAUCUAUGACCCGACAGGAUCCACUCUUAAACAUACUGUUCAAACAAAGCACGAUACGUGCCAGGCAUCUACUACCAGGACGGGUUUGAUUGUCACGAGUUCAUGUUGGGACGUUCCAAGCGUGGUGACGGUCUAUGACAGGGAUGGGAAUGCUGGUGAGUCUCUACAAGCUCCACGGGAUGUCUUCCUGUAUGCUGCCGUGGAUGAGCAGGACAGGGUGUAUGUAGCGAGUGUUGAUAUGAAGAAUAAUAAUGUCGUGUUCAGACUCUAUGAUCUUGAUGGUUUGAAUCUGAAGGAAAGAGUUGAGUUCAAAGUACUUCAUAUGACAUUGGGUUUGAAUUUGUGUAACUUGGUUUCCCUCUCCCCAGACAUGCUCGCCUUUGCUUGUUACAAGAAGUUAUAUUUCAUCAAGGUAUCACUGUAAUCCACGUUAUAUCACACCAUGUAGUAUUGAAACUGACGUGCUUUCAUCCUGCUACAAAUUUACUCUAACACGUGUCGAUAUUCAAUACUACAUGUAUAUUACUUACCAUGUGAUAUCAUUUAUUUGAAAAAUGAAAUAUUUGCUGGUGAAAAAUAUAUAUUUUUUUAAAGAUAUUGUUUCAGAGAAGUCUUGAAAAUAUACUAUUUUGAUUUCCUUACUACUAAUAGUGUUUACAUCUGAAGAAUAAAAUUUUUGUUUUUUAAAUUCUUCCUUGAAUUUGUCAUAAGUCACUGUGAAAAGAAUAAAAGCAAUUGUCAUUUGAGUAUUAGUGAACAGGUGGAAAUAUGAAUAUUCAUUUGUCAAUAUAUAAAUGUGCGUGUAAAUAUUAACUUUAUCUCAUUUAUUGCAUACAAGAUAUUGCAUAUAGAAAUGAAUUUAAUACGAUGCAAAGUAUAAUUACAAAUCUUACAUUAUCUUUAUAUCAUGAGAGGCUUUCUAUGAAUUAUUUUAGAGAAAAUUCAUACAGAUAGAUUUAUCAUAAUGCCAACGUUACAGCAUUAAACUAAAGAGAAAUCUCUUCUGCUGAUAUACUUCCACCAUUCUGUAAAAUAAUGAUUUUUGUGUUACUUAAAUCCAAUAUCGCAAAUACAAUUGAUAAAGCCGCAAAUCAUUUAUAAGAAAUAAAACAUUUUCCCUAAUUGUUUCAUUCACUUAUUCAGGCCCAUUUUGAUAAAGUAUAAGGAAAAAAGGUAGUAUAGUAGUAGAAUAGUAGUUAAGUAGUAGUAGAAGUUGCAUCAAUAUUGAUUUGUACCAGCUUUAUAGCAUGGAAAUAUGUUAUCAAUAGGCUGACUGAUUUAUAUCUGUAAAAUUAAUAUUUCUAAUCACUUAAAUCCGUUUAACAUUAUCAAUGCAUUUUAAUGUUCGAUCAUUUCAUUCGCUAUAACGUAGACUUCCAUGUGUAGUAGAGUAGAUCAUCAAAACAAAAAAGAACAAAUGAAAACAUAGAUUUACGAUUGCUUUUGAGAGAUGAAAAGCAGCUCCUUGAUAAAAGUGAACCCAGCAAACGAGGGGAAGUCGACCUGGCGCUUAUAUAAAAAUAGCUUAGCAAUGACAGUAGAACAUUUUUUCUCCGUUUGAUUGCAUUGACUAUAAUGUACAAUCAAUCGUUAAAAUCAAGCGUACGAUUAAUUGCUAACCUUUGUGUUACGAGGCCCAUUAUUGCUUUCUAUACCAAAGCACAUUAACACCGAAGUAGAUCGAGCACAUAAUUAUGGAUUUUUUAAAUUGAAUCUAUGUGUUUCUCAGUUUUAAUUAAAUUCUGAA